GCGGACGAAAUAUGCCACCACGUCUUCCCUGCAGCGGAUGCCUACCAGACAUCCGGCGUACGACCGGCCGGGGGGAGCGACCUCGGGGAUGUUGGCGUUUAUGGAUAAUAUGUACGGAUUUGCAUGCGGGGUUUGCGGGGGCGGAGGAGGUGGCGGAGAGGAUGUACGCGGUGGUGGGGGGUGGGGGGAGGAUUCCGAUUCGGGUGCCGCUGGGGAGGGAUAGUUGGGGGAUGGUUGUGGCGGAGACGGAGAGGGUGAGGGGGGAGUUGGAGGAGUGGAGGGAGUUUAGUUGUGGGAUGGGGAAUCCGGAGGUGGAGGGUAUGGCGAGGCUUGUGAGGUAGAGGUGUAUAGUCAGUGUUCGCUAUACCUAUUAAGAUAUGGAUGGUUAGUAAAGGCUUCGUGUUUAGAGGCUGGUAGAGUUGAGAGGAAUCACUGCAUUGAGUCUUUGGGUAGUGUAUAUUUGAU